AUGACGAAUUAUCGUCCCACGAACGUGCGUGGCCUGCCCAAAAGCUACAGCGUCAACUCAACCAUGUCGUCGGAAAGUGAGGAUUUCAGGGAGCUCGUUCGUGCUUCGUCGACCCGGAGCAUCGGGAGUAGAAUUGACCUGGACUUGUACCUGCAAGAACAGAAGAAUAUCGGGCCGGUUUCCGAGGCCGAGAUGCGGCCCAUGCCGAGAAGUAGCAGCGUGGCUAUGGGGAGUAUUGAUGAAGAUCGGCCGUGUUGUUAUUUUGGAGAAAUGGCUGUGAAUUUGAAGAGAGAAUUGAAGUAUCCCAGAAGCAGAAGCCAUGCUCUGGCAACAACUUCUUCAUCCUUUUGA